AUGGCUGAUAAAGAACAGCUAAGUGCUUUAGAAGUUGGCGAAUUGGACUUAUUUGUAGACAGCAUGGAACCCACUCAGAUAGAAAAUAUUGGAAACCAAGCCUGGAUCGAAUGGCACAUAAGACUUCAGAAAUUAAAUCAACAAGCUGUACUAGAAGCGUCUUCAAUGGUGGAAGAACUUACAAAAGAAACUUUGAUUUCUCAUGGAAAGCUGUACCAUGAAGCCGCAGCAGUUGGUCUGUUGGAGACCGUAUUAUUCCACGAAGAUGGAGUUCAAAGCAUUAGCGACGUUGUAAUUGAUCUCCUGCAGUACGCUGUUGAUCAACUAACCGCUUUAAUUGUUCUGAUCAACGAUGGAUAUUUUAAGCCUGUUUCCGUAAAAGAAAUGGAUUGUGAAACGGUUGUAGAAGAGCUUCAAAGGCAGAAAAGAGACCUUCAGUUUGACAUAAGCAUGAGGUGCAUCUCUAUCGUUCGUAUUGCAUUUUCAAGCUAUCUGGCAGAACACAUGGAAGCUGCAGGAUUGGGAGCGUCAAUUGCAAUUAAUCUUUAUAAAAGCAACGACGUACCUUCUAUUGUGUGUCAACUGAUACAAAUGGAACCUUGGAAAAAGCUUAACGAAAAUGGUGAACUACAGAUUUUUAAAUUUGGACGUUGGUCAAGACCAAAUUCUGAAGAUUUGUCGCAUAUGCACCGAGGCGAGGCUCAGCUUUGGUUGUGCUUGCGUCAACUGUUAUUAGAACCACGUCUCGAACACUAUUAUAAGAUUGAAGAGUGCCGACGCACGUCGUUCUGUCGCCUGCAAGCCAAAAUAUCGGACGACAUGAUAGAUGAAAUCCCGGUGCUGGGUGAACUAAAGACGUUGCUUUGUCAAAUGGCUUUAGGUGAUUAUUCCUAUGGAAACAAUCGCUACAAUGGCGCUAAAAACCCCGGAUGCGCAGCUAUUGAAGUUAUUCCACAGAUAAAGGAAAAUUUACUGCGCCAAAUACACAAGCGUGUAAAGAAGCUCGCGAAGAUGCAUUUAAACCAUUGCUGCAAUGAUGAGACCGGGGAGUCUCACGGCAUAGCUAAAAAGCUGCUAGAUUCUUACGCCAGCGAUGUAGUUCUAGCGCUCGAUAAUGGUGGCGUUAAAUGUGCUGAAUGUGGGGAUAAAGCCAGCAAAAAAUGUUCUCGUUGUAAAACUGAAUGGUAUUGUGGAAGAGAAUGCCAAGUACAACACUGGCCGAAACACAAGAAGAUCUGCGACCAGUUUGAAAAACUAAAUAAAACUGAAUAA